CUUCUCCCGCUUUGGACUUAGCAGUCAGAGCCACUUGCCCUGAUUGUCCCCAUGGCUUGCCUAAGCCUUUCGCAGCUCCAGAAGUUCAAGGAGGACGGGUUCCUGGUGCUGGAAGGAUUCUUGUCUGCAGACGAGUGUGUGGCCAUGCAGCAGAGGAUUGGCGAGAUAGUGGCCAAGAUGGAUGUCCCUCUCCACUGCCUCACGGAAUUUUCCACCGAUGAAGAGGAGCAGCUUCGAGCCCAAUGCAUCUCAGACUAUUUCUUGAACAGCGGUGACAAGAUUCGAUUCUUCUUUGAGAAAGGCGUUUUUGAUAAAAAAGGAAAUUUCCUGGUCCCUCCAGAGAAAUCCAUCAACAAAAUUGGCCAUGGUGAGCAGGGCCACGGGCCGGCCCAGACUCAUUUUUUUAAACUUGAACAGCUACAUUUUAGCGGGUCUGCCGCAGUCCUUCCUCACCAGGAUGCCUCCUUCCUGUACACGGAGCCCCUGGGCCAGCUAUUGGGUUUGUGGAUCGCGUUGGAGGAUACCACACUGGAGAAUGGCUGCCUCUGGUUCAUCCCUGGCUCCCACACCAGUGGAGUGUCAAGAAGGCUCAUCCGGGCCCCUUCUGGCUCGAUGCCUGGCACCAGGUUCCUCGGGUCAGAGCCAGCCCGGGACAACAACCUCUUUGUGCCCACACCAGUGCGGAGAGGGGCGCUGGUCCUCAUCCAUGGAGAAGUGGUGCAUAAGAGCGAGCAGAACCUCUCCGACAGCUCACGCCAUGUCUAUACUUUCCACCUCAUGGAGGCCUCGGGCACCGUUUGGAGCCCGGACAACUGGCUGCAGCCGACAGCUGAGCUGCCCUUUCCUCCACUGUACACCUAAAGGCCCUCCCAGGGCUGGGGCCCUGACCCUUCCCAGGUGAAGCUGUGGGCUGCAAACACCAGUGCCUUACUGCCCUCCUGGCUGCAACAGGGAAGUUGCAUCUCCCCUCCUGGGCUUUCCUCUGUUGGUGCCUGUGCCCCUCAGCCCUGCAGACAGGCAGGCAAGAGGUGGAAGUGACAGGCAGCAGCCCGGGAUGGGUGGGUGGCUUCCCCAAGAUCUUUGUCUCUCUGCCUCCCCACUGGCCCAACACAAGCUCCCCCUUGAGGCAGCCUCUCAGCCAUGAAAGGGUCCUGGCCACUUGUCACUCUUCUCUGCUCUCGUAUGGAACUCUGAUUAUUACUGAGUAAGACACUGAAUAAAAACAAUUUCCAAACA